UGGCGAAUCAGUGCCCAUUGACUUAAAACAAGAAAACUUUGUUUUCAUUUUUUGAUUUCAUGUUAAUUUUAAAUGUUUUUGAGCCUAUCAAAUGAUAUAAUUAUUUAAAAUUUAGCUCAGUCGUCCCGGUAAAUGCCGCAACUGCGCCAUGACUGUACGCUAAUCCUAUUCCGUUUGUGAUGCGAAUUACCGGCCGUCGAGGAGUCAGCCCGGGGCGAGAGCAAGGGGCCGACGGUCACCGCGUCACUUCGUUGGCUGAUGAACGACAGCGCGGCGCACGUCCGCACGUCGCUCGAGGAGCUCGGCUGUGUGGUGACCACCGCCGGCUGGCCCAGCCUGCGGCUGCGCGCUCUGGGCUGGCUACGGGGCUACCAAGUAGCCACCAACUCGGGCUACUUGGAGAGCGUCGGAGAGCCGCUCGGGCCGCACACAGUGCCGGUGGACCUGCGUUUGGUGGACAGUCCUCCAGCCAACAAACUGGUGGAGGUCUUCGGGGAACUUCAGAUCGUCGAUGGGCGUCCCUGCAUCUUGGCAAAGUUUUUCAGUGAGGCGGACGGCGUGGAUGCGACUCUGUACCAUCGAGCUACGCAAAAACUGGCCGACCGUUAUCCGCAGAUUCAACGAUAAAACAGUGGAGGCCAUUUGCGCUCCAGGCCCUGGCACAGGGGUUUGAGAUCUUAAGUUUCUUGAGAUCUGGUGAGUUACGACUACCUUGUGUAAAAAUGUAAGCAAUCGUGAGCUUUACUUGUAAAUAGGUAUAAAUAAAUAUUUUUGCAAAUACUUGUGAAAACUCCAGUUUUCAUACUUUUAAUUUUAUCGCUAAAGAACACAUUAACGAUUAACAUUUAUAUUUCCGAAAGACAACACUUGGAUAAACUUAAGAACGACGUUCUUAGGCAAUCAUAAAGUAUAAAACAAAUAAAGUAUCACGCACAUUGCAAACGCACAAAAGCCGGAAUCAGCGGCCGCAUGAUCCAACUAUUCCUAUCCUCUAGAAUCGUGGAUGGUGACCAAUGAAACAACCCUGUUCCAUUAGCCUAUCUGAUUCAAAAAGUGUUUCGGUUCCAGAGCAGCACCG